UUUGCCAUUCGCGUGCAACUGCAAAAACAAUAAAAUGUUUUGCGAAAAAAACCGCAAUAAAACUUUGGAAAAUACAAAAAAGUAAAUGUAAUACAACGCCCACUUAUUGGUAUUGUUCCAACAUGGCGAGCGACUAUAGCGCAAGCCAAUUUGCGUCCACAAACACAUGUGCAGCAAGUGCAGCAAGCUCCUCGCGCUGGCUAACAGAGGAAGUCUUCAAGUUGAUCGAUAUUGUGCAACGCGAUGAGGCCAUCUACAAUCCCCGACACAAAUAUUACUUUUGCCGGCCAUAUGUGGAGAACUUUUGGCGUGAAGUGGACUUAAAGUUGGAAAAGAAUCCCGGCGCUAGCCUUGCCAAAUGGACAAAUCUGCGCAUUUCAUUUCGACGCGAGUACACAAACUACCUGGAAGAGAAAGUGCCGCCGUGUUGGUCUUACUUUGAUCGCAUGUUCUUUUUGCAUCCAUACUUGCGCAAAAAGCAUCAGCAGCCCAAAUCGCUGGAUACCCAAGUUCAAGAUGCACUGGCGCACCUGACCAGCCUCUCAAGUCGAAUGCAGCGGGAGCGGGCAGUCAAUACGUGUACAGCGGCAAAUACCACAAAUACCAACAGCACAGCGCAGGUGAAUCACAGCAAUGCUGUCCACUCGGCACAGCAAUCGCCGCAGCAGCAACAGUUGGACAACUAUUUGGACUAUUUUGAUGAUCACGAUAACAAUAACUCGGAGCUCGAUGAGAUCAUUGAUGAGGAGCACCGGGCACGUUUCCAAAACCAUACGCUCGAUAGCAAUGACAUUAAAUCGGAGUGCGAGGAGCCAGUUGAUGACUACGAAGCAGAGCCUGAGCAGCGAGUUCAUCAACAUCAACAUCAGGAUGAUGAUGAGCAUGAGCACGAAGAGCAUGAAAUGCGCACUUUGGCAUAUGAUGCGACGGUAACAGCUUCAGCACCCAGCUCCACAUCAACGCUGGAGAAGCGCUAUGCGCAUUAUCAACAGCAUGCCAGCAGUAGCAGCAACAAUCGGAUGCAGCACAUGAAUCGCCUGCAGUUACGCACAUACCAUGAGGAGGCACGCGCGCUGCGCUCACGCUCACAGGAGCUGCAAGGCGCAGCUGCGGCUGCAGCGACAGCGGCGGCGGCUGCUAGCGCUGCCAAUUUACAAAACCACCCAAAUAUUUCGUUUGUGCGUCCAACAUUUAGUAGCAAGCCCGUGGACAUGGUGAGCACCACUACGCAUACCAAUGCAGCCGUUGCUGGAAUCGUUGCGGCAUCCACAACAGAGAGUGAGCUGCCGUCACCAUCAAGCGUUGCAGCCGCUGCGACGCCCAGCAGCGCUUAUCUGAGCCAACGUCAUAUGCAUGUGCCGCAUUCGCACACCCACACACAUCAUCAGGGGACGCAGUCCCAGCGUCUGGAGGUGAACAACUCUUCUGCCGCUGUAGCCGCUGCAAACACAGUGGAUCUUUGCGACUGCAAAACCGAUUCGGAUGCUAUGUUUCUGAUGAGUCUUCUGCCCGACAUACAGAAACUGAAUGGACGAGAUCGCGGCAAAAUUAAAAUAGCUUUCCAAAACAUAUUGCAGGAUUACUUGUAUCCCGACUAAUCGCGACUUUAAGUCAUUGCGGCUGCUAGUUAAGAUCUCCCUGCACUUCUGUGUAUACAAUUUUGCCUAUAGCAGGCGCAAAUCGUUGUCGAUGUAUUGUUAACUUAUUCGAUCGGCUCAGCCGAAACAUUUCAUUUGCAUUCACGUAAUUCCUUAAAGCUUUGCUGUCCCGAAAGAAACAACAUAGUAUCCUUAAAUUGUAACCUAAAGGUAGCUCCUUUAAACAAAAUGUGUUAUAAAUUAUUUAAUUCAUAUGUAUAUAUAAAUAGUUUAUGUUUAAAACAAGAAAUUCAUUCAGAAUGCACAGUAACUGUUUAUGGCUAUAGCUAAGCAGUUCUUAUUCGAAAUCAAAUGCUUUUAUCGGGUUUUUAACAAUUAUACAGAACUUGAAGUCAGAACAGAA